AUGUCCGCGAGGGCUGAAGAUCAUUCCGAACCUGAAUCUGAAGAUGAUUCUGCCGGCGGGAAAGAUGUCUUGAAUGCGGGUGUCCCCCAACGAUCUUCCGUGAAUGGAAGGGGAGUUUCACAUCGGAGGUCGUCAGUUCAGUCGAAUGUGCCGGCGACAUCGACGGCGACGGUUGCCACGCCGCAGCCACAGCCGCAGCCGCACAUUCAGACCACGGGUCUGAAUGGGGAGCAUCAGAGGAAGAGACCGAGAUCGUCACUGGUGCACGAGGAGCACAAAUCUACAGGAGUGCAGGCACAGGGUCAUGACGCAGGAGCACCGCUGGCUGUGAGCACAGAGCUGCCUGUGUCGGCAGACGAAAUGAUGAUUGAGGAGAAUCUUGACCUGAAUGACAUCUUUGAUGCUGCACCGGUGCCGAUGGAGUGGACUUCGCUUGACGAGCUCUUCGGGCUCGGCGAAAAUCGAGGGUCGGGAGUCUGA